CCUCGCCUUCCUCUCCGCCCUCCCGCCGCCGCGCAAGCGCCAGCAUUUCCGGGCGCAUCUGCCGGAGCAAGACGCGCGUGCGUAAAAAUGGCUGCGCCCGAGCAGGCAUAUUCAAGUGAGGAGGAAACAGAACCUGAGCCUAGACCUCGAGACACCCCUGAAGACAUUUCCCUUGAGGCAGCAGCAAACACCAUUGCCUUUCACCCUUGUCGGGAUGUCCUAGCUGCUGGAGACGUGGAUGGUGAUGUCUAUCUAUAUUCAUAUUCCUGUUUGGAAGGUGGAAACAAGGAGCUUUGGUCUUCAGGACAUCAUUUAAAAUCCUGCCGGGAAGUGUCCUUUUCCCAUGAUGGACAAAAGCUCUUUACGGUGUCCAAAGAUAAAUCCAUUCAUAUUCUGAGUGUGGAGGAAGGUCGUCUCGUGACAAGGUUCUCCAAGGCUCACAAUUCUGCUCUGAACAGUCUGCUGGUGAUAGACGAGCACUUGUUUGCCACAGGAGAUGACCGUGGGGAAUUGAAAGUGUGGGAUCUGCGCAAAGGCACCUCCGUUAUGGAUAUGAAGCAGCACGAGGAGUAUAUCAGUGACAUGGUCGUUGACGGGAACAAGAAGCUGCUGCUCACUACCAGUGGAGACGGAACUAUGGGAGUAUUCAACAUCAGGAGAAGGCGCUUCGAGCUGCUCUCUGAGCCUCAGAACGGAGACCUGUCAGCCAUCGCUCUGAUGAAGAGAGGAAAGAAAGUGGCCUGUGGCUCCAGCGAGGGAACCAUUUACCUCUUCAACUGGGAUGGCUUUGGCGCUACUAGUGAUCGGUUUGCGCUGAAGGCGGAGUCCAUUGACUGCAUGGUUCCUGUAACAGAGAGCAUUGUGUGCACAGGCUCCAUUGACGGAGUCAUCAGGGCCGUGAACAUCUUGCCCAAUCGGGUGAUUGGCAGUGUUGGGCAACAUGUUGGGGAGCCUAUUGAGCAGCUAGCCAAAUGCCAUACCGGUCCAUUUCUGGCCAGCUGCGCCCAUGACCAGAAGGUGAAGUUCUGGGACAUCUCUUCGCUUAACUCGGUCAUUGUGGACGAUUACAGAAAGAAAAAGAAGAAAAGUGGGCAGCUGAAGUCUUUGAGUCUCAAGGCAUUUGGUACCGGAGAGGAUUUCUUUGCAGGCUUGAGAGAGGAGGCAGCAGCACCGAAGGAUGAAGUCUCUAGUGGCACGGAAACGGACAGUGACUAAAAUAUGUGCACGGAUCAGAUGUGAGCAGCUCUCUGCCCUGAAGGGACCUUUAUAACCUGAGACUGUUUGAAACACUCAUGUUUUUGCAGAGAUUUGGCUGAACAGACAGCAGGAUAUUGGGCAAAGGUGUGGGAGGCUAAUGAAAUCUGUACUGCAGUCUUCUGGGUACUCCUGCAAUCCAGCGAAACAAAUAUAUUAGUCAUGAGAAAAGCAUGGCCUGGCUGCUACGAAAGGGGAAGGUGUAGAUCUCAAGUUACGCAGGGCAAAGCCUGUGCUUUCUCUGUUGGAAGAGGAGUAUCUCAUGGAAUGAAAAGGCUAGAAAAGAGGAUUAAUACUACUGAGGAGGAAAGUUGUUGGUCUUACAUGUAUGUACUGGUUUAACUACUACUUUCAGAGGAGGGUGACCAGACACAAAAA